AUGCUUAUGUUCGCACUCUGGUAUUUAGAUGGAUCAUUAAGCUCAGAUGUUGGAUUAGGAAGUUUUCGAGAUAGUUUAGCUGCGGUAACAAAAUAUUCUCGUUGUAAAGUGUUAUCAUCUGUAAAUUUUGUUGGUGAAAACUAUGCACAAGCCAGCAUUGUAUCAAGUAUUGAAUUUGAUCGUGAUCAUGAACAUUUUGCUGUGGCUGGUGUUUCAAGAAAAAUUAAACUAUAUGAAUAUAAUUCUGUACUCGAUAAUACGGUAGAUAUGCAUUAUCCAAUCAAAGAAGUUAGUUGUUCAGCAAAAUUAAGCUGUAUCAGUUGGAAUAGUUAUCUGAGAAAUUAUUUGGCAAGUAGUGAUUAUGAUGGAUUUGUUAGCAUUUAUGAUAUGGCAACAGGGCAAAAAGUUCGAACUUUUCAGGAACAUGAAAGGCGUUCAUGGAGUGUUGAUUUUUGUUCAUCUGAUCCAAAAUUACUUGCAUCGUGUUCGGACGAUUGUCGAGUGAAAAUUUGGUCAAUGCAUAAUGAUUAUUCAGUGACAACGAUUGAUGCCAAAUCAAAUGUUUGCUGUGUGAAAUUUAAACCAGAUUCUCAAUACAAUAUUGCUUUUGGAACAGCAGAUCAUAAUUUAUAUUAUUUUGAUUUGAGAAAUACUCGUGAACCGUGUAAUUUAUUGAAAGGACAUAAAAAAGCUGUGUCCUAUGCUCGAUUUUUAUCACCAAAUGAAAUUGUUUCAGCUUCAACGGAUAGUCAGUUACGUUUAUGGCGUGUAACAGAAGGUCAAUGUCUUCGAACAUAUCGUGGUCAUGUGAAUGAGAAAAAUUUUGUGGGUUUGGCCGUAUCCAGUGGUUAUAUCGUCUGUGGUAGCGAAACAAAUACAGUUCAUCUCUACCAACAUGAUAUUUCGAGACCGUUGUUGAGCUAUAAAUUUGAUGAUGGAAGUACAAAAGCAUCAACUGAUCGUGUUAAAAAAGAUGAUACUGGCUCGGAAUUUGUCAGUGCAAUGUGCUGGAGUAAUCGUGAAAAUAUUUUACUGGCAGCAAAUAGUCAAGGUGUUGUCAAAGUGCUGGAACUUUCGUGA